AGUCGAGAGGUGGCCUUCAUGUACGCCAUCUCCUCAGCGGGGGUGGUCUACACGCUGGCUCGGGCCUGCUCUCAGGGGGACCUGGACUCCUGCUCCUGCGACCCCACCAAGACGGGCUCGUCCCGGGACUCCCGAGGGUCCUUCGACUGGGGGGGGUGCAGCGACCACGUGGAGCACGCCGUGCGCUUCAGCCAGGGCUUCGUGGACGCCAAGGAGAGGAAGCAGAGGGACGGGCGGGCGCUGAUGAACCUGCACAACAACCGGGCCGGCAGGAAGGCGGUGCGGCGCUUCAUGUCUCUGGAGUGUAAAUGUCACGGGGUCAGCGGCUCCUGCAGCGUUCGGACCUGCUGGCUGGCUAUGGCCGACUUCAGGCUGACCGGAGAUCACCUGAAGAAGAGGUACAGAGGCGCCGUGCAGGUGAACGUCAACCAGGACGGCACCGGCUUCACACACACACACACACACUUCAAGAGGCCCAGCAAGAACGACCUGGUGUACUUCGAGGACUCGCCGGACUACUGCGUACGAGACCACGAGUCAG